GGCGACGGAUCAGCCAAACCCACCCGUGCACGCAGAGAUUCACAGGGACCCUCCCGCAAUGGCGGACAUGGGAGGGCAUGGCAGCAUGGCUAUGGCGCCGGCGCCGGCGGCGCCCGGCAGGAGGAAGCGGUACAUGCACAUGACCUUCUACUGGGGCAAGAACUCGGAGAUCCUCUUCACCGGGUGGCCGGGCGCGAGCGGCGGCAUGUACGCGCUCGCGCUCGUCGCCGUCUUCGCGCUGGCCGUGCUCCUCGAGUUCCUCGGCUCUCCCUGCGUGCUGCUGCUGCUGCAGGAGCCCUCCUCCUCCUCCUCCCGCGGCAGCAGGCGGCGCGCGGCGGCGGCGGUGGUGCACGCGGUGCGCGUCGGCGUGGGGUACCUGCUGAUGCUCGCGCUCAUGUCGUUCAACGUCGGCGUGCUCCUCGCGGCCGUCGCCGGGCACGCCGUGGGGUUCUUGGCGUUCAGGGCGGGCCUGUGCGGCGGACGGGUGCAGGCGGAUGGCCGGCGCAACAAGGCAGAGCUCGCGCCGGCGGCGUGCUGCUAGAUGGUUGCCAGCCAUGCCAUGGCCGGCGCAUGCCAAGCGGCAAGAGAGAAUAGGCAUAGACGAAUCGCGACGAAGGAUAAGAUUAGAAUUUGGCAGUACUUCUUAAAUCAAUGUCACGGAUCCUCUCGAAAGAAACAAUAAAUCAGUGUUACGGAUCCUUUCCGUAGAAAAAAAGGGUUUUAAUAUUACAGAUGUAAUGGCGUUGUGAACUGAAA